AUGGAAAAUGAGAAAGAAUUGCUUCUGUUUGAAAAUAAUGAUCAUUUCCCCGCUGUAGAAGUAAAUAAAUGGCUUGAAACAGUUCGCAACUGGAUAAAGCGAUUGGCUGGUGAGAACGUUUCCUAUUCCAAUGAGUCAACAAAAAAAAACAGUAGAGCCGAAAAAGAGUACACAACAAAAGAGGAAAAACGAAAAUGCUGCUUGAGCAUAUUCAGGCAUAAAAAAACUGAGAUCUGGGAAGUUUAUGAAAGCUGGGAGACAAUAAACUCUCAGUGGGAAUCAUGGUUUGGGAGAUGUCAAAUGAUGCCUGGUAAACUUGCUGAAGAUAUGGUUGAAGAAAAGCUGAGACAGAGUCUGAAGGCCUUCGUAAAAGUAGUGACUACCCACAAGAUAUUCUCGACUUGUGGGAGGAAAAGUUUAGAUGGUGGUUAUCAGAAUUAG